AUGAAGCCAGCCAUGGAAACUGCAGCGGAGGAAAAUGCAGAACAAAGCCAAGAGAAAAAAGUGAUCACCAGACCAGAAAUGGAAAUUGGCAGGUACCACUGGAUGUACAGGAGUUCAAGGCCACACCGGUACCAUCAUGUGCCAGCAGUGAGAGGCAAUAUUAGUCCUUUGGGGAUUCAAGGUUGCUUUGAAUGUUGCAUUAAGUGCCUAGGAGGAGUGCCAUAUGCUUCGCUCGUGGCUACCAUUCUCUGCUUCUCGGGGGUAGCGUUGUUUUGCGGCUGCGGCCACGUGGCGCUCACGGGAACUGUGUCUAUCCUGGAGCAGCACUUCUCCACGACUGCCAGUGACCAUGCUUUGCUGAGUGAAGUAAUACAGCUGAUGCAGUAUGUAAUCUAUGGCAUUGCAUCGUUUUUCUUCUUAUAUGGAAUAAUCCUCUUGGCAGAAGGCUUUUAUACAACAAGUGCAGUGAAGGAGCUGCAUGGAGAGUUCAAAACAACAGCCUGUGGUCGCUGCAUCAGUGGAAUGUUUGUUUUUCUUACCUAUGUGCUUGGAGUGGCCUGGCUUGGAGUCUUUGGCUUCUCAGCCGUGCCUGUCUUUAUGUUCUAUAACAUAUGGUCAACCUGCGAAGUCAUCAAAUCUCUUCAGACAAAUGUGACAGUUCCUGGGGACCAGAUCUGUGUGGACAUCAGGCAAUACGGUAUUAUCCCUUGGAAUGCUGUACCUGGCAAAGCCUGUGGGCCGAUUUUAGAGAACAUCUGCAACACAAAUGAGUUCUACAUGUCUUACCACCUGUUCAUUGUGGCUUGUGCUGGAGCUGGUGCCACUGUCAUAGCAUUGAUCCACUUCCUCAUGAUACUGUCUUCUAACUGGGCCUACUUAAAGGAUGCCAGCAAAAUGCAGGCCUACCAAGAUAUCAAAGCAAAAGAAGAGCAGGAGCUUCAGGAUAUCCAGUCUCGGUCAAAAGAGCAACUCAAUUCUUACACAUAAAUGGUUGCCACAGUAAUUCAGCAGAA